AGACUAAUGGUCAAUGAACGGAUGUCUUCCGAGUAUAUUUCUCGUCGGACUGUGCUCGCCAAGGAAAGUACUACGCGCUCACAGCGCUAUUUUCGAAGAUGAAAAAUUGGCAACUCGAAGCCCUCGAAGCCUCUAUGAACUGCGUUAAAUGCGAUCUCCUCCAAUGCAAAUUGGCAUUCUUGGACACGCUGUCACAGCGAUUCAAACCUUCGAAUUUCGAAGAUCAACCUAACCUGGAAUAGCCUGGAAUAGCUCACUCACCCUGGUGGGAAACAGGAAGGCGUCUCCUCUGGCAUCCAUAUGGAAGCUUGACUAGUCUGUGAACUUGCCGUAAACUCGUUAAUGUUGGACCGUUCCCAGAAGUUUAAGGAUUGAAUUCAAGCUUCACGCUUCAAGAGAUUGAGGCUCGACGCCGUGAAGGUAAGAUCAUCCACUACGCCGGUGGACUGUUGCUAGUUGCUUAACCACGCUAGGAAGUAUCCUGACUUUGGCGUGCAUUGUCGUUCCGGUCGAGUGACAAUGAAAAAUCCGCUUGAAGAUCCGGUAUUGUUACCUUUAAGUACCCUUGUUAGAUCUCGGAAGCCGUCCAAGGUCCACCGUUUGUUUAAUGUGGUCUUGCUGGCUUCGAUCGCCGCUACAUUGACAUUCGUUCUACCAUAUCCGUGGACAUUUCUCAGGAACUACAACACGUCUAUUAAGUCAAUCGCGCCUGAAUAUGCAUCGUUGGGUCCUGCGGAUGAAUGGAAAGACAACGUCUGGCCGAUUCGAGAACAAACACCUUGGGACAUUUCGACAGACUACCCGUUUCCGCGGCUUCUGGAGUAUGACGUGACGGAGGGUACCUGGCUCAGACUUGAUGUUCACCCCAAGUCUGGUGACAUUGUUUUUGACAUCCUUGGGGACAUUUACUGCUUACCUGGAGACGCUUAUUCUCCAAGGAACCUCGAUGCUGAAAGUAUUUCGAGAGCGAAACCUGUUUUACUUGGAGUUCCCCAUGAUUCCGACCCUCAUUUCUCUCCAGACGGUGAUCGUCUUGUAUUCCGCAGCGAUGCCGAACUGGGUGUUGAGAAUAUCUGGAUUGUGGAUUGGAGAGACUGUCACACAAUGGAUGUCAGGCCUGACAAUCCUGACGGGGAGCUGCUUGCAGCACUCAGGGAUAAGAACCGCGAGGACGAAGAACUGGCUCGUACACUCAAAGAGAAUGACGAACGCAGAAAGAGGAGACUUACUACGGAAGGUCGUAUCGGGGCUCAGCGCAUUACCAAUGAGACCUACCGUUGGGUCUCUGACGCUCGCUUCCACCCCUCUGGUACCAAGCUUAUCGCGACGAAGUGGUACACGUCCAGCCGAAGUCUAGGUGCAGGAGAAGGAUGGGAAUAUCCCAUUCCCACCUCCAUGGAUGAGGUGAUUGAAGUUGGAAGUGGAAAGCGACUAGUUGGACGAACUUUGCCUGCAGGUUGGGGACCUGAUCGGUAUGGAGACCAGCAAGUCGGCUCCGAGCAGUUCAUAUGGCAUGGCAACGACACUCUCAUCUACUCAAAGAACGUGAAGGAUACGAACGGAUACUACACCUAUAGCAAAGAUGCCCACUCUGGAAUUUAUUCUAUUUUCUCUACGAAUCUUACCACGCAGGAGACGAUCACGCUCGUCGAUUCUUUCCCUGGCGGUGCAACUAGGCCAGAACUCUCUCGUGAUGGCAGGACUCUUGCUUUUGUACGUCGCGUACGAGAUAAGGAGGCCCUGGUGUUGAAAGACUUGGUCACUGGAACCAUACACCACAUAUGGCACGGCCUGACCUAUGACCUCAGCGUUAUCUCUGCACCAAUGGGAACCUAUCCUUCCUUCGCGUUCACUCCCGAUGACUCUGCAGUAAUCAUCUGGGCAGCGGGUCAAAUUUACCAUGUCCCUCUUACAAUCAAUGGUCAAGGCGAGAAAAUUGGUUCUGGUUCUCCAAAGCCCAUCAAGUUCGUCGCACAUAUUGAGAAGCGUCUCGCUAAGACGGUUACUGGGUAUACCGAUGUGCUGGGUGUGGAAACAGCAGACACGCAGAGGGUGUACGCUUUCACUGACUUGCGAGUGAACGAAGAUGGAUCAAAGGCGGUCUUCCAAGGUGCCGGUGCUACAUACGUGCACAGUCUGGGGCACAAGAAAGCUUCCAAAGCUGAGAAGGUUCCAACGUUGUAUCCAAAUGCACCUUACUAUUCACCAUCUUUCGUGUAUGGUACUAACGACCUGGUCAUUCACGCGCGUUGGUCUGAUACGCAAUUUACAACAUUCGAAUUGGCCAACCUGACAUCUGGAGCCGUGUACGAGCUAGAGGGCCUUCCUUUGGGUCGUUACUACUCUCCCGUCUUGUGCGAAUGCAAAGGUUCUGAACGUCUUAUCGCGUUCAUCAAAACUCCAGGAGAUUAUAUUACUGGAGACAUUGUCGCGACUGCCGGUGCCGGCUUAUACCUGGGCAGUCUCACUCUUCCUUCACUGAAGUCGCCGUUCAACCUCAAGAAGAUUAGAAUCAACGAUGUACGAUUCAUUGCAUCCAGCCCAAGUGCUGACGAUCCUUCGAAGACGAAGAUUCGUUUCCUGGAAAAGAAUCAGAAGAUUCUGGUGCAACAAUCUCAAGAUGCGUACGUCAUCGACCUCGCAGCAAGACCAAAUGAGCAUGGCAUUUUCCCUGAAAUACCUGUGUCCAAUGGAAGAAUGUCUACCGAGCUAGUCGUUGCAACUGGUGAUGGCUCUGUGGAUGCGAAGUCAGUAGACGUAGCGUUCGUGGAUUUCUUCCACGUUUACUUUGCGCCCGGUGUCAAUGCGAACGAUUCAGUGUGGAGUAAACCGGGAAAUGCUACGGAGAAUCUUACUCGACUCAGUUUGGAUGGCGGACAUGAUAUUGUGUGGAGUGGCGAUGGCAAGACACUGCUCUGGUUCCUUGGACCCUACCUUCAUUCACUUGAAGUUUCCGAUCUCUCUAAAUGUUCCAACGCUGUCACAAAGGACCCGAUACAUUUUGGUAUUGAUUGCACGAAGAGUCUGCUUCACUAUGAGGAAAUUGUGGUCGAAUACCCUACCGACAUCCAUCGCCUCAAACAGGACGCAACAGUAGCAGCUAUGAAGACUCAUGGCAAUAACGAAACCGCCUUCUCCAAUGCGGACUUCCUCGUCAUCUACAAUGCUACCUUGUUAACCAUGGAUAGCGGAUAUCUCAAAAAUGACAUCCUCCAUGAUGCUCUGAUUGUGGUCAGAAGUGGAGAAAUUGAAGCCAUCGUUGGCGUUCAUGACUUAGUGAUUCCGUAUGGCGCGACUACUUUCGAUGCUCAAGGCGGAUUUGUGGUCCCCGGGUUCAUUGACGUUCAUGCACACUGGAAUGGCUUUGCUGACUAUUAUCCCGCUCGUUCUUGGGAACUGGAGACGUUCUUAGCCUAUGGAGUGACUACUUUACACAAUCCGAGUGCUGACAACGUCAGAGGCUUCUGGGAACGUUUUCGUGUUGAGCGAGGUCAAGCUGUCGGUCCUAGGAUCUUCCAAGUUGGAGAUAUCAUAUACGGGGCAGGUGCACCUGGAAUCCACCAAGAUAUCGUGGAUAUGGAUGAAGCCUACUCUGCGCUUCUGCGUAUCAAGGCAGAGGGUGGACCGUCGAGCUUCUCGUACAAGAACUACAAUCUGCCUUCCCGUGCGUCGAGGCAGAGGCUAUUACUUGCUGCAAGAAAACUCAACAUGCUAUGUGUACCGGAAGGAGGUAUGAACUACGACUGGGACCAGACUUACAUUGUCGAUGGCAUGACUACCAUCGAGCAUCCUCUCCCUAUUCCACAGCUCCACGAUGACAUCAUCAAUCUCUUCGCUCUGAGUGGUACUGGAUCCACACCUACUCAUAUUGUCAAUUAUGGCGGCGUGUUCGGUGAGCAGGCUGUAUGGGCAACGGAGGAUCUGCCCAAUGAUCCCAAAUUGAGGCGAUUCACACGACAUGACAUUCUCGAAAGCCUGUCUGAGUCUACUUCUAGGCCGAAGAAUUCAUAUGCUCUAUUCAACACCUCUACUUCUACUGCAAAGAUGGUACACAAAGGUCUUCGUGCCCAUAUCGGCGCACAUGGUGAACCGCCAUUAGGCCUGAACUACCAUGAGGAGAUGUUUUUCGCUAAAGCAGGUGGUCUCUCCAACUACGAGGUUAUUCGUGCUGCUACCUCAGACGCGGCUAAGACGCUGGGUAUUUGGGAAUCCUUAGGGUCCUUGACUCCAGGGAAACUCGCAGAUCUCCUCGUCUACCCACCUGGCGUUGACUUGCUCGAAGGGGAUAUCAGCGGGACGAGGAAUAUCAAGUAUGUGGUGAAAGGUGGGCGUAUAUGGGACGCGGAGACUUUGGUGGAAGUUUGGCCUGUUAAGGGUAGGAAGGAACCAUUACCUCCUUUGAACCCUGAGUAAGAUGCUGUUUGAGAUUAACUUGCGCUAACAACGAGUGUUUUAUGUCGCUCGGACUGGAAGAUUGUACGAGAUAAACUAUGGAUACAUUUGAUCAAAUCCCUGAGAUACAAAUCAUAUGUCAAAGUCAGAAUCCGAGUCUUCUUCCUUCCUUCCUCUGACAUUCCUUGGAGCGCGAACAUUCGUUCUCGUUGAAGCAGACCGCAUUCUUGACGAGGGUUCCUCAUCAGACUCUUCCUCCGACUCGUCUUCGUCUGAAUCGCGACGCUUCUCUCGCGGCCUGCGUUCAGGGAUGAUGGCUCCUGCUAGAACCAAGAUCGCCUCCAGCUCUAUAGAACCUCAUGUAAGCAAUAGCAUGCAGCAGACAGACAAAUGGACCUGCAUACCUUCG